AUGAGGAUGAGGAUGGGGAUCGGAUCACGGUCAGGAGCGACGAGGAGAUGAAGGCCAUGCUCUCCUAUUAUUACUCCACUGUGAUGGAGCAGCAGGUGAAUGGACAAUUGACAGAACCUCUGCAGAUCUACCCCCGAGGUAAUGCUGAGCCAAUCGUGAACACCCGGGCCGGGGCCACGCCCAGCGGGGACUCGGCCACCUCGGGGACCCCGCCCGGCCACAGUUUAAACCAUUCCCAGUAUCCCAAUCCAAAUAUCCCAUUCCCAGUAUCCCAUUCCCAGUAUCCCAAUCCCAACAUCCCAUUCCCAACAUCCCAUUCCCAGUAUCCCAAUCCCAACAUCCCAUUCCCAGUAUCCCAUUCCCAGUAUCCCAAUCCCAGUAUCCCAAUCCCAGUAUCCCAUUCCCGGUAUCCCAUUCCCAGUAUCCCAUUCCCAUUUUUUUUAUUUUUUUCCUCACCCAGGGCUUACCAUGUCCGGAGUGGAAAAAUCCUGGCAGUGAAGGUCAUCCCCCUGGACAUCACCCUGGAGCUGCAGAAACAAAUCAUGUCCGAGCUGGAAAUCCUCUACAAGUGUGACUCCUCGUAUAUCAUCGGAUUUUAUGGCGCUUUUUUUGUGGAGAACAGGAUCUCACUGUGCACAGAGUUCAUGGAUGGUGAGUAUUUUGUUGUGAAGGGCCUGACCUAUUUGUGGAGCCUGAAGAUUUUGCACAGAGAUGUGAAGCCGUCCAAUGUGCUGGUGAGCACCCGUGGCCAGGUGAAACUCUGCGACUUCGGGGUCAGCACGCAGCUGGUGAACUCCAUAGCCAAGACCUACGUGGGCACCAACGCCUACAUGGCACCCGAGCGGAUUUCAGGGGAGCAGUACAGCAUCCACUCGGACGUUUGGAGCCUGGGAAUUUCCUUCAUGGAGGUGAGCAGAUGCUCUCAGUAAUUGUUCUCUAAU